GCUUCUUAGUUUCUCCAUCUUUAUAUUAAAGUGAGCAAAGUGAUGGAGAGAUCAAGAUUGCUCUUUUUCACUUUGGUCCUCUUUGGAUCUCUAACACUCACCCAGGCAGAACAGUCGAAGGAUGAUUUGAAAGAAGUUACUCACCAAGUUUACUUAGAUGUCGAAAUUGCAGGAAAACCUGCCGGUCGAAUCGUCAUGGGACUCUUUGGGAACAUGGUUCCUAAAACAACCGAAAACUUUCGAGCACUCUGCACAGGAGAAAAAGGUAUAGGAAAGUGGGGGAAACCUCUCCACUACAAAGGCAGUACAUUUCACCGGAUUAUUCCGCAUUUCAUGAUACAAGGAGGUGAUUUUACACUCGGUGAUGGAAGGGGCGGAGAGUCGAUUUACGGUGGGAAAUUCGCCGAUGAGAAUUUUGAGCUGAAGCACACAGGGCCUGGGGUUUUGUCCAUGGCGAAUGCCGGUCCCGACACCAACGGCUCACAGUUCUUCAUUACAACCGUGACUACCAGCUGGUUGGAUGGAAAACAUGUUGUGUUUGGAAAAGUGCUCUCGGGGAUGGAUGUGGUUUACGAAAUCGAAGCCGAAGGAAGGCUGAGCGGCACGCCCAAGAGCAAAGUUGUAAUUGUUGGCAGUGGCGAAAUGAGUGUCGGUAGGGAGAGCAACUAGAUGUAGCCACGACGCUGAGAAUAAAAGUGCCUCGGUCCCUUUCGGGUGAGCCACAAACAUUACUCGUUUAAGUGUUCAUUAAAAAACCCUGUCGUUUAUUAUUUCUGAGAAAUGGGAUAAUAUAAAUUCCCAACCUCCCAAAAAAAAUUCUACUAGUUGCUAUAUUUAUAUAUAUAUUCAGCAACUGUCCCCA